AUGUAUUAAAAAAUAUUAAGCUUAAUCUACUCAUAAAGUUUAAAUGAAAGUUAAUCAUAAAUUGAGACUGAAAUUCCAAAAAGAUCAUAAAAGUUAUCAUAAAUGAUUUCAAUAAUCAAUAUGAAUGAAUUUUUCUAAUUUCCAGAGAAAUUAAUUUAAGAUGCAACAAUUAUUAUUAAUGAAUUCAGCAAUGAUAAUAUAGACAUUUACAUUUAAGGUAGAUGUUAUGAAUAAUUAGUGUAGAUGAAUCAAUUUUGAAGAUUUCUGGGUUUUUUACCAUAUUCAUUAACUAGAAAUCUUUUUAAAUAGUUCUGAAUUUUUCUUUUUUUUUGAAUUACCCUUAACAAAUUUUUAAUGUUUCUAUAGAAAAUAAAAGCAUAGAUGGUAAUUCAUUUAUAUAAAUUCUUUGCAGAUAAAGAAGUUAAAUUGUCAUCUUUUUUUCAUUCAUCUUAAGGCGAAAAAUGGAUAUCUUUAAAUAAUUAUCUCACAGAAUCCAAGCUUUGGCUUAAUCAUUAAAAUGUAAAAAGAGUAAUUUAAGAAGUCAAAGAAUUACUAACAAAUCACUUUCCGUAUCAUAAACAAAAACAAUAAUAAAAAUAUUUUUCGAAUGAGCUAUUUGAAAUGAAUUAAUAAAAAUAAGCAGAUUAAAAAGAUAAAGAUGAGUAAAUUAAUAUAAAAGUUGAGAUUGAUAAUCAUGGAAAAGAUAUUGGUAACAAAAACAAAUGUACUUCUCCUAUUCCAUUAUACUCUUAAGGAAUUCCUGGAACUGGUGGGUUACAUUUAAAAGAAGAAAGCCAAAUGUAGGUACAAAUAACAAAAUUUGCUAUUUAAUUGAUGAAAGAGCAUAGAAAUGAUAUUGCUAGCCUAAAGCAAUAAUUGUAGAGUUUAAAAUUGUAUAAAUAGCAACAAGAAGGAAUAUAAAUUUAGAUAAUUUGGCUUAGAUAAAAAUUAGAUUUUGACAUAGAAUUAGCAGCAAACCUAUUCUACAUGCAAUAAUAACAGAUAAGUCUAAUCAAUAAUACAUAACAAAAGCCUUUGGAUGAAAUUAUUGAUUUUGAUGAUCUAUCUCAGUAACUAUUAGAAAUAGCUGCUAAGGAUAGGGCAUAUUCAGAUUGUUAUUAAUUCAUUUCAAAAAAAUUUAAAAAGCAGCUCUUAGACUAUACAACCUUAUAUUAAGUAUUUCUUUUUUAUAUUUAGGCAACCUACGAAUUGGCUGGCUAGUAGUUUGA